ACGUCGCUUUCCCGUUCCUGCGAUUAAAAUCGAUUGCGAUAGAUCGCGAUCGAAGGGUAUCGUUGAUGCGCGAGACCAUGUCUGACAAGUGGCUAGAAUACUUUUGUCUAAGCGAGCAAUUCCUCGUAGGUGAAACGCGUGCGACUCGAGAGAAGCAGUUCCAGGUAACCCCAUUCGGUUCGAGCGUUAAUUAACCUGUUUCUAUCAAGAUGACCGAUUCAGAUUGUCGUAGGAGCUGCGGAUUGUGAUUGUCCUGACGACGGAACAAUACAAUCACGGAACGCGCGUUGAUCUCUGACCCAAACUGGUGUUAAUCGUAAAUACUAUAUGAGGCUGAGAUUAACGCUUGUUCGUUCAAUAACACGAAACGACAGCGUACCACAUCGAGUAGAAAGUUUAUCCACCAGUCGUCAAUUAUUGACGAUUAUUUGACCACGAAUCAACAGCAGAGGCAUCACCGCUUUCCCCACUUGCGACAGCUGUCAUACUACGUGUUAUCAAGCUACGUGAAGCGUCGUUCGGAGGAGCAUGAUUGAACCGCGACCGUACACACACACACACGAACACACACACACAGUCCCUUCAUCCCCUCGUGGCGAGGCGAACGCAAAAAAACAGGCACAACGAUAGUCGCUCGGACGUGGCGUGCGUGCACUUGUCGCGUCUCAAAGUCAUACCCGAAGCCUUCUCGAUUCGUCACUUACGGAAUAUAAAUAGCGAGUAAUAACGACCGAGAGAUGCUAUAUGUAACUUCAUGAGAAGAUACAGAUACAGAUAUAGAAGGGAGAGCCACGAUUUUAUUGUUAGAGUGCGUGCAAGUCGCUAGACUCGAUUACGAUUAAGUAAUAACAGGAAAGACAACACGCGGCUUGACAGUCGCUUCAGUAACGUUGAAACCUCGAAACAGCUCGCCGCUGUACCGUUUCGAAUUUCCCGCCGUGCAGAGCCGCCAAUCGUCGAACACCGUGACCGUAACCGCACACCCGCCAAUCGUUCGUGAUGCUGCACACGAGAACCCUCGCCGUCGCUGCAGCAUCGCCUCUCCUCGUUGAAAGUAUCUUGUCGUCCUGGUUGCUUCGCAUGCCUGGCAGCCAUGUUGCGUCCAACCGUUCCAUCGGCGAUCGUGCCCUCAACCGUGGCGAAAUAUCGCGCGAAGACAUGCUCGAGAGCUACCAGAAGAUACGGGAGAAGUACAAGUCUAAGAAACUUCCGCAAGACGUGAAUCCAAAAGGAGUGUUCGCUUGCAAUGAGCUCGACUUGAAAGAGGUCCAAGUUUAUGGAUUCGAUUAUGACUACACAUUAGCUUGUUACAAACCAUCGAUGGAUUACUUAUUGUACAACCUUGGACGAGAUAUGCUGAUUCAAAAGUAUAAGUACCCCGAGGGAAUCGGCAACCUCGAGUACAAGAAGGAUUUCGCUGUUCGUGGGCUCCAUUACGACAUCGAAAAGGGUCUGCUGCUGAAACUCGACAGCUUCUUGCAAAUUCAAUUUGGCACCGUUUACCGCGGUUUGCAUCCAGUACCCGACGACGAGGUCCUCAGGCUCUAUAAAAACCGGAUAAUACCGAUCGCUUAUGUGGAAGCGCCUAAUAAACAUUCUCAUGACGGACCACACCGAACGAAAAUGGUUCAAUUGGCUGACUUAUUUUCGGUGCCGGAAAUGGGUCUUCUGUGCAAUGUCACGGAAUACUUCCUUAGAAAUCAUAUCGACUAUCACCCCGAAAUACUUUUCAGAGAUGUAAAGAACUCUGUACAAAGUUGUCAUCCUAUAAUGCAUGGUAUGGUAGUACAAAAUGUGUCCGAAUAUUUGGAACAGAACCAGGAUUUAAAAAGAUUUUUUGUUCGACUUAAGAAAGCUAAUAAAAAAAUGUUUUUAGUAACCAAUAGCCCUUUCCAUUUCGUCGAUAUUGGAAUGAAAUUUUUGGUUGGUGAUGAUUGGAAAGAUUAUUUCGAUGUAGUAAUAGUGCAAGCAAGAAAACCGAAGUUUUUUACCGAAGAAUCUCGACCUCUUAGAAUAUACGAUGAAGUUAACAAAACACAGUUAUGGGAUCGAGUCACUAAACUUGACAAGGGAGCUAUAUAUCUUGAGGGCACGGUUAAACAAUUACAAGAUAUGACCGGGUGGCGGGGACAUCAAGUAUUAUAUUUUGGAGAUCAUCCUUACAGCGAUUUAGCGGACGUAACAUUGGAACACGGUUGGCGAACUGGAGCUAUAAUUAAAGAAUUAACGCAUGAAAUUUCAACGCUAAAUAAUCCAAAAUUUAAAGAAAAUGCAAACUGGUUGCAAAUGCUGACAGGAUUGAUUGAAGAACAUCAAGAUUAUGAAGGGCCAGAUGUGCAAACAGUACUUGACGAAUGGAUCAAGGAAAGAGAUAAAUUAAGAAACGAGAUAAAACGAGUAUUUAAUGAGCAAUUUGGUUCUGUAUUCAGAACAUAUCAUAAUCCAACAUAUUUUUCGAGAAGACUUUUUAGAUUUGCUGAUAUUUAUAUGAGUACAAUUACAAAUUUACUGGAAUACUCAACACAUCAUACCUUUUAUCCCAGAAGAGGUGUAAUGCCACAUGAAUACACAAGUUAUUUUGUAUAAUACAUAGAAUAUUUAGAUUUAUAAUUGAAAAUAUCUGAUGCUUUGGAGCAUGGUAGGAGUUUAUACAUCAAAAAUCAAAAAUAAAUUCAAUCAAAAUUUCUAAAUGAAAUAACAAUGAUGAAAAUUAGAUAUUUAAAACGCAUUUGCGUUUUAUGUAUGUAAUAAGAGAAUGUUAGACUGCUUAAUGCGUUAUACAAGGAUAUGCAUAAAUUUAUAUAUGCAUCAUUUCUUCUCUAGAGGAAAUAAUUAAUUUACAAAAGUUCCAUUAUAGGAUUCAUCAAAAUGAAUUAAUGUAUAGUGUAUAUGUUGUUAUUAUUUAGAAUAUCCAAAGAUUGUUAAAGAUAAACACAAAAAAACUAUAUAAAAUUAUAUAAAAGAAAAAAAAAAUAGAAUAGUAUUCUAGGAAAAAAGAAUGAAGUGACCUAUACAGAACAAUAAAAAAAAUGUAUUGCUUAGUCAACAUUAAACUAUUCUAUUUGAGAUAUUUCUUUCUUUUUAUGGCAAACAGAUACAAGUGUACGUAAUUUAUUCAGGUACAAAAUUUGUUAUUCUAAAUGUUAAAUAUAAUGUUCGUUAUCAAAGUACACAUACCAUAUUGUAAAAGAGAAAUAUAAAAAUUACUCUAUGAUAUUAUUAUAAAUAAUAAAGUACAAUUUAUAGGGUUGUUCCUAAUAACUGUGAUUCUAGUUUUGAAGUUAACAGCAAAUACAAGGUGUUUCUUUCAUUUUUCCUACCUGAAAUAUUUGCGCUGCAUUAAAGAUUGAAUAAGAAUACUAUUUCAUCUUAAUAAUGUAACAUUUACCAAAGAAAUACAUUACAUAAUUUAAAGAAUGUAUUUCCAAAGAAAAUGUUUCAAUAAUAAUGUGCCACAUAUCAGACUUGUAAAAGUGAACAAUCUCGUUUAUGUAAGAUAUUUUAAACGCAAGGCAGAUAUUUUAGAGAAUAAAAACAAAGAAAUCACUCUAUGCAUAGUUUCAUCUAGUUUCUAGGUUAAUAUUAGAAGUUUACGUUGUACAAAGAAAAUGUAAUACAUCGAAUUAGAUUAUAUUGAAAAUAUUAAUAUACAAACGAGAAAAGAUUCCAUUUAAUAUUUUGCUUAGCGAAGUAGUACGGUAAUUUAUCCGAAUCACUUAUUUCCUCUAAAUGCAGAUGUGUUCAAAUGUAUGUAAUAGUCAAUAAAAUUAAAUUUAGACAAAAUUAUUAUAACUUA